AUGGGCAGUGUUGAAGAUACCACCACUUUCGAAAUUCCAAAGGAGUGUCUAGCCGGUGUUGUGGUAAACGAGGGGCCCGACUUUCAUGUUGAAGUCAAGAAUGUCCCAGUUCCUGAAAUUGGCCCCGACGAUGUCCUCAUCAAGCUCAACGCGACCGGGUUGUGCAUGUCCGACGUGCAUUUCAUGCUCAACGACUGGGCUCUCCCGGCCAUGUCCACAUUCAACACGCAGUGCGCCGGCCACGAAGGCGCCGGCGUCAUUGUCAAGGUGGGAGAGAAUGUCAAGCGUCUCAAGGUUGGCCAGCGCGCCGGCUACAAACCGAUCCAAGAUGUCUGCCACUCUUGCUGGGAGUGCCAGAAUGGUCGCGAGACGUACUGUCUCAAUGGUGUCCUGACUGGCCUGCACAUUGAUGGUUCUUAUAAGCAAUAUGUGAAAUCCCCGGAGCGAUAUACUUCCCUCAUCCCUGAUGGUGUGAGCGACCAUGUCGCAGGUCCCGUCAUGUGCUCCGCGUCUACCGUGUACACGGCGCUCAAGGAAUCCGGUUUGCGCCCCGGCCAGUGGGCCUGCUUCCCAGGCGGAGGUGGAGGUGUCGGAAUUCAGGGUGUGCAGCUUGCUGUUGCCAUGGGACUUCGCGUAAUCGUCGUCGAUACCGGGGCCGAGAGGGAGGCACUUGCCAAGGAGAUGGGCGCAGAGGUCUUUGUCGACUUCAAAGAGUUUGAGAACCCGCCGGAGCGUGUCAUGGAGAUCACGGCUGGUGGAGCGCACGGCGUUUUCGUUACUGCUAUCCAAUCUUACCCGAUCUCUGUCGACUACCUCGGACUUCGCUGCAGCGGCGUUGUCAUGUGUAUUGGACUUCCUCCAGCUGGCAAAUUUCACGUCGACGUUGACCCUACUCGGCUGAUCUUCCGUAAUCAGUCAAUCAAGGGAACCUGUGUCAGCAGCCUAGCUGACAUUGCUGAAACUCUCGAGUUUGCCGAACGAGGUAAACUUCGUCUGAAGCCCACAGUAGUUGGACUCUCGAAAUUCAACGAGUCGGUUCAGAAAUUGAAAAAUGGACAAGUUGCUGGCCGUAUCGUGGUUGACUUCAACUUACCUUAG